AACCAUACCAAAUGCAGUAAUUAUAAUAUUAUAAUGUGUGUAGUUGACUAGCAAGAUGGCGCAGUCUCAGGCGUUUCCCGCCAAAAAUGCUGACAGAAAAGAAGUCUUUAGAAUAAUAAAGGAAGGAAGAAAGUAGAAGUAGGAUGGAAGUUUAUCAUUUUUAACUUAUUUUUGUCAUGAAGUUACUUUAUUACAGGUCUUUAUUACAGGUUACACCAGGUGGAUCUAUUCCAUAACCCCUUAAAAACUGUACAAGAACAUCCAUCAUAUCUGCAUCCACCCUUGUAGGUCUUCAUUCCAUCAGAGAUGCAGUAAUGGUCAAAAGUCAGGAAAACAACGGAAGCUCCACAUCUGGUGAACCUUCAGACCAGAUUGCAGAUAUGCUUAACUCCAUCUCUGGAAUUGACACGUCUAAAGAGCAUCAGUCUGAAGCUGAAUCAGAUAAAGAGGUUGCCAAAAAUGCAGCUGAGCAGGAAAUUGUUUUGGGUCCGGUUGAGAUCUUUCCUGAUAUGGCACAAGAAAAUAUAGAAGGAAACGGAUUACAAUCUACAGAACUGGCCGUGGAGCCGGUCAGUCUCCAAGAAAUUCAGACAACCACAACUGAGGUGAAACAAGUCCAUGUAUCCAUGAUGGAAACUGAAGAACCUGAACCCCAGGACCAGCUGGAGUUGGAAGCUCCCAUCUUUCAGUUCCUUGAAGAAUUGACCGAGGUGAAGAAUGGAACCGAGACAACCUCUAGUCCUGAAUCAGAGACAUCUACCAAAGACCAAAGCUCCCCAAAACAUUCCAGUGACCAUUCCCUGGAUGUGAACGGAGAUAGCAUAGCAGAGAUUAGGAUGGAACCAAAGUCCAGAGAUGAUGAUUCUGAAAAGUUGCAUUGGGAAGAAAGGUGUUUUAAUAGUGAGAUACCUUUGCUGGCUUCCGAAGAGACUGAAACUUUGGAACCUCCUGUGAAGAAAAGAUUAAGAAGAAGAAUGGGUAUGUGUGGCCUUGGAGACAGGAAGAGGAAGUUCCCGUUUGAUGGACAGCAUUGCAGGCAGGGUUUUAUAGGACGACAGAUGGAAGAGGGAAAUAAAGAUCUGUUGCACCGUUCAGCGUUGGAGAAUGAUGUUACCACACCAAUGGACCAUCAAGAAACUACCAGCCCAGCAUGUGAAGAAAACCAAGGUGUUUUGAAAGAGGACAGUGGUGCUGAAGAGAUUGAUACUGAAAGAAGAACAGGAAAAGAAGAAAAUAGACUGAGAAACGUGAGUGAGGGCAUUGCAGUGAAAAAUGAUGAAAGAACCGCAGAUGAAUCCCACCAAGGAAGUGGAGAUUUUCUGGAAAAAGGUAUGUUAGAAGAAAAGAAUGGGACUGUAAUCAUGGAUAGCAAAGGAACUGCUGGAGAACUGGUUUUAGAAGAUAUAUCAACAGUGGUGGAGCGAACACUGUUACGUCCCACCAUUGGGAAAAUCCCAAAGAUGAUCCAAGGUGAAACGUCAGUACCUGCUUCUGACAAUGACUUUGAAAAGGAAACUGCAGUCUGUGAUGUAGAACCAAAUGUUCCUGGGAAGAUGAUCGACAGUGGACAAGACAUCGAAUUUAACUUAAAACAUGAUGUUCUUCAUGAACAAGAUAUAGAAUUUAACCUGAAACAUCUUCAUGCUGAUGCUGAAGUGGAUGAGGAGCCUGAGGAACCUUCCUCGAAGGUUCAAGGUGCCACGGUGGAAAUGUCUAAAGGCUCUGUCACAAUCACUAAAGAAAGCAGAGAAGCUCUGACAGAUAUGGGAAAAAAUGAAAUGGAGAUCGAAGAGCAUUGUCCAUCCAAUAUGGCCACCUUUAAGAAACCCGGCCCACACGGACCUGAAGCAGGUGGGCCUACUGAAGAAUGUUUGAACCCCUUCGUCCACGUGGACAUCAUGAGUAUCACGACGAUCGCUUCUUCUGACAUACAAACUGCAGGAGGUCCUGGUGGAAACGACCAGCUUGCUACAGGCGUAUUUGAGAUAACAGAACCUCCUGGAGGAGAUGCUGACGAUUCUAAAGGGAUUCUUGAUCCUACAGCACCACCUGCUGGUCAGGAGCUCCACCUGCAUAGUCUUUUAGACAAGAAUUCUCCAGAGACUCCUGUUACCCCAAGUGCAUUCGAGCAGCACGUCCAUAACUCCACCCUGACCCCUGCUGGUGAAGAGCUGCCUCAGGAGACUUGCCCUGACUUGUGUGUUCCUUCGUCGGUUUUUUCUAUGACGGAUUCCCAAAUCCAUAAAAUCGCACUCAGCAUGGACCUCAACAUGGAGCCGGAGGACGAGUCGGUCCCGGAAAACCACGAUCACCAGGAGGAUGCUACGGAGCUGGUGCGAGGCCUCGUUAGAGAACUCUCCUCUUUGAAUCGUACCGUCAUGGCCGCACACCGGGAGAUGGAACUCGUGCGGCAUGGAAAACCUCUGAACCGUCGUCAUCGCGGCCCUCGCCAUGCUGAGACGUGAGCGGGACACGUCCUGGUGACUGACGUGUGGGACUUCAUUAUAACAUUGUUCUACAAUUAAAUGUUAAUUUGUCAAUAGGGAUUAUUGAUACUUAUUGAUAUAAAGAGGUAAGGAGUGAAUUGUUCUGAGUUUGUGUUCUGGGUUUUGAGAAGUUGUAAAGGUUAAUGUGUUUACUUCCUUUAUGAGUUACAGUUUCUCCUGUCCUUCAUUCCAUCUGUCUAUUUGCUUUUCGGAAGGAGAUUCAUAUUUUUAUUACAUAAAUAAUAAUUGUGUUCAA